AUGGAGGGCUUUGUCUGUCCUCCCUUCAGCAUCUGCCAGAGCUUCAGGGGCAGCCUCACGCCCCGCCGCAGCGGGGACGCAGCGGUGAAGCAGCCCAGCUGGAAGCUGAGUAAGAGCAGCGCCAUCAGCCCCUUCCUCGGGGGACCCCUCACCCCCAUGCCCCCUGACUACCUGGACAGCUACCGCCGGGCCCAGCUCCAGGCCCUGCUGUCCCAGGUGAGCCCCGGGCCGACGCCGCGGCUCUGCCGGCCCAGCACCAAGGAGGUGGGGGUCCAGGUGAGCCUGCGGGCCGAGGCGGCCGUGCAGUGCUCGCUGGGGCCGCGCACGCUGCCCGUUGGCCACCCCUUUAGCCCCGCUGCCUUCCGCACCCAAGGGCACCUUGCCCUCUACUCGCCCAUGCUGGACCGCCGCCUCUUCACGCUGCCUGAGGCCACCAGACCCCAGGAGAAGGCAAAGGCAUCUGAAACAAGCCCUGAGGAGCAGAAGGCGGAGGAUGGUAGCAGGGAGCAGCAGGAGGGCCUGGUGAAAGCUGUCCAGCCGACUGAGAAGGCAGCAGGGACCCCACAGGAUGAGGCUGCAGCCCCCAGACCGAGGGCUGCCUUCCAGUUUCUGGAGCAGAAGUAUGGCUAUUUCCACUGUAAAGACUGCAAGACCAGAUGGGAGAGCGCUUACGUGUGGUGCAUCUCUGGAAGCAACAAGGUGUACUUCAAGCAGCUCUGUCGUAAAUGCCAAAAGGGCUUCAAUCCCUAUCGAGUGGAAGCAAUCCAGUGCCAGACCUGUUCAAAGACCCGUUGUUCCUGCCCUCAGAAGAAAAGACACAUUGAUCUCAAGAGACCUCAUCGCCAAGAACUUUGUGGCCGCUGCAAAGGCAAGAGGCUGUCCUGUGACAACACUUACAGCUUCAAAUACAUUGUCUGA